AUGCUUUGUAUAGUUCUCUUACAAUUCGAAGUACACAUCAUCGAAUUUUGUAAUCAUCAUAAAAAUGAUCCCGAAGCAGAAUUUAGUGAUGAUGACGACGAUGAUGAUAAUGACGAUAAAAUUAAAAAAGAUGUUAAUGAGUUAAGACAAAAGACAACAAUCAGUGAAUGGGAUAAGACAUUUAUUCAACAAUUUUCAGUUCACGAUGGCACAUUAUUCGAUAUUAUCACUGCAGCUAAUAUUCUUGACAUUCCAAUUCUCAUUCAUACUCUUUGUAAAUCAAUUAUAUACCUUAUUAAGGGUAAAUCAUCACAAGAAAUACGAGAUAUAUUUAAACUUAGUGAACUACUUGAUCAAACACCAGAUAAUCAUUCUCCUUCAUCACCAAUUGAUGUCAAAAACAAAUAA